AUAUUCGUAUGAGCUAACAUAUUCGUACUUAUUAAGAUAAGAAGGUGGCGUUUGGCGCACUGGAUACACACAGGCUCCAAAUACACCAACUUGAAAGGUUCAUUUAUGAUCAGUUCUUCAAUUCUCAGAGUAGCCACGAAAGCAAGAAAGAAAAGAAAGGCAGCACAAUCAUCAACCCCCUGAAUCCCACCUCCCCGCAAAAAAAAUGAACAAAAUGGAUCGAGCACACUGACCCCCAAAAUCCCCCCCGCAGAAAAAAAGAACAAAAUGGAUCAAGCACAUCGACCCCAGCAGUCCUACACCCCUUUCAUCUCCCUGCAGCCCAGCAAAUUAUUCUCUCGUGCACAUUAUUUGAUUCCCAUUCAUCUUACCUCCAAAUAUUGUCCCUUCUUAACAAAAUGAGGGAAUUGUGAUCAGAGUGUAGGAACCUGAGUGAAAAAUCAAAUGGGAUUACAAAGGGGAAAGUCUAUUCACUUUGAAUGGCUUUGCUUUCUAGCGAUAAAAGUAUUGGAUACAAAUGCAGGGUGCCACAGUAGCGUAGUAGUUAGCGCGAUGCUAUUACAGCUCGGGGUGUCGGAGUUGGGAGUUGUGUGUGGAGUUUGUACGUUCUGCCCGUGACCACACAGGUUUCCUCCAGGUGCUCUGCUUUCUUCCCACAGUCUAAGGAUGCACGAGUUAGUAGGUUGAUUGGUCAUUGUGAAUAGUCCUGUGAUUAGGCAAGGGUUAAAUAGGUGGGUUGCUGGACGGCACAGCUCAUCAGCUGGAAGAGCCUGUUCCACGCUGCAUUUCUAAAUAAAUAAAAUGGAUACUCAAAAUGCCAGGAUGGUAGAGGAGGAAAGGUGUAUGAUGAAGAUUCUCUUGAAGCCAGCUUUAAUGACCAUGCCUUUUGGCAUCACCAUAACUGCACUUCCUCCUCAGUACCACUUAUCUUAUGCUUUGAACUGAAUGCCGUGUAAAAUGUGCCAUUUUAUAAUUCAACUUAGUGAUAAUUGUGAGAUAAAAUGUAAACUGUGGGAGACUAGGCACCUAAUGGAACUUUAUUGGCUAUAGUGUUGGAGUUGGAUUCGCAAUUCUUAAGGUCAUUUUUGAAUUUAGCUUGUGUGACUAAAUUUUACAAAUAUAAAAGCCAAAGAAACUUGUUCUCGGAGAUAUCUUUAGCUUGGAGGGGUUGAGCAGGGCUAUUCGGAUGUUGGUGGUUGACUGAGAGAACAGAUGACACCAUACCAAUGUGCACAUAUUGUGUAAUCCUUGGAAUUGCACAGAACACUUGCUACUGUGAGCCUUGUGUAUGAGCACCAGCGAUACUGUAAGUUACUAAUUGAUCCUGAUUACUGAUUGCUGCUGCCUGGCUUGGGUUUCAUUAUUCUAAUUUCGAUUUUUAAAAGGAGCAGAUCUGAACUUUGGAUGCAAAAGUGAUCUGGCUUGGUUCCAUUUCUGGGUCAUGUAUCCAUUUGUACACAAUAGGUUAGUUUUAUACCUACAACUAUCAGUUUUGAUUGGCUCAGAUUAAAGUCAGGAUUUUCCACCUUUAUCACCCAAUCACAUAAUUGGCUUUUCAUUUUCUCUACAUCUGGUUCAAGGAAACUGAAAUAGAUCAGGUUCAUACGUGUCACGCUUUAACCAUUCAUAGUCAAUUGAUGCGAUUCUUCCAAGUGUUGAUGCAGGGGGAGCUAACUGACACCAGUGUUAUUUAGAACAGGAGAAGGAAAGAUAAAGAUCAUCUUUCCUGUUACCCUGCACACAUGGCCAAAUGCUGAUAAUGGUGCUUAUAAUUUAUUUUGUAAAAUUAUUUUAUUCUCCAUCUCUAGCUAGAAAUGUAACCAUGUGUGCACUCAACCCAUGGAAUGGAUCAGACUGAAGAAGCUGAUGCAGCCAAACUGGAGAGUGAAAAAUUCCCUCUCCGACAUAAACCGAAGACCGCAUUAUAAGCAAAUGAGGAAUCCCAGCCCCUGGGCCCACCUCCAUCUCUGACAUUUGCUCCUAAUCUAGCAUUUUCCAUAUAUCUCUUUUGAAGAAAAAUUUUGAAAAACAUUAAAGUUACAUUAACCUAUUCGGUAAAAAAUGAUUAAAUACUGAUUCUUUCGUGUAAGUUAUUAAUAGCUGGUUUUGUUUCGGACUGAACAAUAGCCUUUUCCUUAUAUUUCUGAUUACAGAAAUAUUUGUUGUGGCUCAGUACAUCGGUGUAAAGUCAACAUAGAGAGAUGCUCCUAUAAUAUUUGGUGCGACAUGGUUUUUUAUUAUUCCAAAGGGAAGGCUCCAUUUUCUAUCUAUAGUUUCAGAUGUUACUAUGUUGUAGCCCUAUACUGGCUGCUGUGUAUUUUCUCUCUCUCUCUCUCUCUCUCUCUCUCUCUCUCUCCCUCCCUCUCUCUCCCACCCAUCAUGAAUAUUCAAAAGCUGCAGUCAGUAGCACCAAGAGCGCAGGUGGCAAAAAAAAAUACAAUCAAAUGAUAUGAAUCUCCUUACGGCUCCAGAAAUGGAUGUUAACACGGAUGGAAUGAUUGUAGAGAAAUAAGGAUUUUUUUUUUUUUGCUUUUGCCCUUCUUGGCAAAGAAAGUGAAUUGAGGUUAGCCCUAGGGACGGCACUUGCUACUGUAGUGAUUGUACUGUGAGCUAGAGUGAUUACAUAUUUAGUUCUGUCAUGCAGUACACAGUAAAGACCAAACCUCAAGGGGAAACUGCCACAGCUAACAGGAGCAAUGUUUUAAAAUGCAUUGGUGGAAUCUUUUAGGGGACAAUGUGGCUGUCCAGGGACUCGGCUCCUCCAUUUCUUCACUAUGAAAUGUUUGGCCUAUAUGGACAAAUGGAAAUUUAAUGUAUUUUUUUCCCUGCCUCUGUCUGCACCAGCAGUAUGGAAAGACCCGUUCCACUGUACUGCAGGUUUGAUGUGUGUCCUGAUGCCUGCUGGUUUGAACGGAAAAUAAUGCAUCUGCGUGAGAUGACAAGAACUAUUAAUUUCUGAAAAAUUGACUGUUACGCUAUAAUAAUAGACAUCCAUUUAUACAGCUCUUGGUAUUUGACCAUUACCUCUGCCAGGAUUUCCCUUCCAGCCUCCACCCCCCUAUAUUGAAAUCAUUUAGGCACUUCCAGUUGGUGGCAGGCGAUAUAUCCAUAAUACUGCCUUCACUAUCCCAGCUGGCUUCUUCACUAUAUUCAUGCAUCAGAUGGGCUGCACCCUGUGAAGAUUUUCUCCUUCUGGAGGUGCAGACAUUGAUAAGGGAAAUGAGUGUACAAUAUCUCACGAUCGACUGCCCUUUUCUAGUAAUAAUAACCUUCCACAACUUUAAUUCUUCAGCAGUGAUUUAAAACAGUGAGAGAAACAAUUGCUCAGAACAGUGGUUGUAUCAGUUUGCCAAGGAUCAUACCUUUCCUAAGCCGUCACAUUUGGUCAGACAUUAUACACAUUCAGGAUGGCUCACGCUGCUUCCCAUAUCAAGAAAAACCGGGAAAUGGAAGUUGUGACCGAGGAUGAGAAAGUCGUCAAAAAGCACAGAAAACGUUCUCGGGAUCGAAGGAAAAAGACUGACACCAAUGCAAGCUAUCUACGUGCUGCCCGCGCCGGCAACUUGGAAAAAGCCCUUGAUUAUAUCAAAUCUGGAGUUGACAUAAAUAUCUGCAACCAGAAUGGGUUGAAUGCUCUCCAUCUUGCUUCAAAGGAAGGUCAUAUAGGAGUUGUUUCUGAACUGAUCCAGCUAGGUGCUAAUGUGGAUGCUGCAACCAAGAAAGGAAAUACUGCCUUGCAUAUUGCGUCAUUAGCUGGGCAAGCAGAGGUUGUCCAUGUCCUUGUAACAAAUGGUGCAAAUAUCAACGCCCAGUCACAGAAUGGCUUCACUCCUUUGUACAUGGCUGCUCAGGAGAAUCACCUGGAAGUUGUAAAGUUUCUCCUUGACAAUGGGGCAAGUCAGAGCAUUGCAACUGAGGAUGGGUUUACUCCAUUGGCUGUUGCGCUGCAGCAAGGUCACGACCAGGUGGUCUCACUGCUACUGGAGAACGACACGAAGGGAAAGGUCCGACUGCCAGCCCUGCACAUUGCUGCUCGCAAAGAUGACACCAAAGCAGCAGCCUUGCUUCUGCAGAAUGACCACAACGCCGACGUGGAGUCGAAGAGUGGCUUUACCCCGCUUCAUAUAGCUGCUCAUUAUGGGAAUAUAAACGUAGCAACUUUGUUGCUGAAUCGUGGUGCUGCUGUAGAUUUCACAGCCCGGAAUGACAUCACCCCGCUGCAUGUGGCCUCAAAGAGAGGGAAUGCUAACAUGGUUAAGUUGCUGCUGGACCGAGGAUCUCAAAUUGAAGCCAAAACCAGGGAUGGCUUGACACCUCUCCACUGUGCAGCAAGGAGUGGGCAUGAGCAGGUGGUAGAAAUGUUGCUUGACCGAGGAGCCCCAAUCCUUUCCAAGACAAAAAAUGGCCUGUCCCCUCUGCACAUGGCAACACAGGGAGAUCACCUGAAUUCCGUGAAGCUGCUGCUUCAGCAUGACGUGCCUGUAGAUGAUGUGACCAAUGACUACCUGACAGCACUGCAUGUUGCUGCACACUGUGGGCACUACAAAGUCGCCAAGGUGCUGCUGGAAAAGAAAGCAAACCCAAAUGCCAAAGCACUGAAUGGUUUCACUCCACUUCAUAUCGCAUGUAAGAAGAACAGGAUUAAAGUAAUGGAUUUGUUGCUGAAGUAUGGAGCUUCAAUACAGGCAGUUACUGAGUCGGGCCUAACGCCUAUCCAUGUUGCUGCAUUCAUGGGGCAUGCAAAUAUUGUGACGCAGUUAAUGCAACGUGGAGCAUCACCAAAUACAACAAAUGUGAGAGGAGAAACUGCACUACACAUGGCUGCCAGGGCGGGCCAGGCAGACGUGGUCCGCCAUCUGGUCCAAAAUGGAGCUCAGGUGGAAGCCAAAGCCAAGGAUGACCAGACUCCAUUGCAUAUUGCAUCUCGCUUGGGGAAGGCCGACAUCGUGCAGCAGUUGUUGCAGCAUGGGGCAUCUCCGGAUGCAGCUACGACCUCUGGCUAUACACCACUGCACAUCUCAGCUCGGGAAGGUCAUGAAGAUGUGGCAUCGGUCCUAUUGGAACAGGGGGCUUCACUCUCUGUGAAUACCAAGAAAGGGUUCACUCCGCUCCACGUGGCUGCAAAGUAUGGGAAAAUGGAGGUAGCCAACCUUUUGCUUCAGAAGUCUGCGUCUCCCAAUGCUUCUGGAAAGAGCGGCCUAACUCCAUUACAUGUGGCAGCCCACUACGAUAACCAGAAGGUGGCCCUGUUGUUACUGAACCAAGGAGCAUCACCUCAUGCAGCAGCAAAGAAUGGCUACACACCCCUACACAUUGCUGCCAAGAAGAAUCAGAUGGAUAUCGCAACAACACUACUGGAAUAUGGUGCUGACACCAACACAGUGACCAAGCAAGGCAUUACACCAGUACACCUUGCUGCACAGGAGGGUCACGUUGACAUGGUAUCCUUGCUGUUGACUCGAAAUGCAGACGUAAACCUCGGAAACAAGAGUGGUCUAACGCCCCUCCAUUUGGCUGCUCAAGAGGACCGAGUGAACGUUGCUGAAGUACUAGUUAAUCAGGGAGCUGCUAUUGAUCCACAAACCAAGAUGGGUUAUAUUCCACUCCAUGUAGCAUCCCACUAUGGGAAUGUGAAGAUGGUCAACUUUCUUCUGCAACACAACUCUAAAGUGAAUGCCAAGACAAAGAAUGGAUACACCCCUCUUCACCAGGCUGCACAGCAGGGGCAUACUCACAUUAUAAACAUCCUCCUCCAGCAUGGUGCCUCUCCAGAUGAAGUCACGGUGAAUGGAAAUACUGCUUUGGCCAUUGCUAGGCGGCUAGGUUAUAUCUCGGUGGUUGAUACGUUGAAGGUGGUUACUGAGGAAACUAUGACAACUACAAUGUUUGUGACAGAGAAACAUAAACUGAAUGUUCCUGAAACUAUGAAUGAGGUUCUGGAUGUGUCAGAUGAUGAAGUUCAUAAACCCAGUGUUCCUGAAAAUUUCAUUGAAGCCGAGUAUUUGUCAGAUGGUGAAGAAGGUGACGAUGCAAUGACUGGGGAUACAGAUAAGUAUCUUGGACCACAAGACUUAAAAGAGUUGGGCGAUGAUUCACUGCCAGUGGAAGGAAAUAUGAGUUACAUGGGCUUUAGUCUUGGAGCUCGAUCUGCAAGCCUCCGCUCCUUCAGUUCGGAUAGGUCAUACUCGCUGAACAGGAGUCCGUACGCCAGGGACAGCAUCAUGAUUGAAGAGCUGACUAAAGAGCCGGGUUUCCAUGCAGAGCUUGCGCAUUCCAUGGGUGGGCCAAUAGUGAGCAACUCUCUGAAGCACAUUGCAGUUUCUCGAGAGUAUGACAGCGACUCUUUGAAAAGAUUCAGCUGGACCGCCGAUACACUAGACAACGUCAAUCUCAUUUCCAGCCCCAUCCAUUCAGGAUUCCUUGUCAGUUUCAUGGUGGAUGCCCGUGGUGGUUCAAUGCGCGGCAGCCGCCACAAUGGAAUGCGCAUCAUCAUCCCGCCCCGCAAAUGCACCGCGCCCACACGCAUCACUUGCCGUUUGGUGAAGAGGCACAAACUGGCAAGCCCGCCACCUAUGGUAGAAGGGGAAGGGCUGGCCAGUAGGCUGGUUGAAGUUGGGCCAUCAGGUGCUCAGUUCUUGGGCCCAGUGAUUGUGGAGAUACCACAUUUUGGUUCAAUGAGAGGCAAAGAACGGGAGCUUAUUAUACUCCGGAGUGAAAAUGGGGAAGUCUGGAAGGAGCACCAGUAUGACUGUAAAGAGCAGGAGCUCAGUGAUAUAUUAAAUGGUAUGGAUGAAGAACUCGAUAGCGUCGAAGAACUGGAGAAGAAGCGCAUCUGUCGUGUUGUUACCAAGGAUUUUCCUCAGUAUUUUGCUGUUGUAUCUCGGAUCAAGCAAGAAAGUAAUCAGAUGGGGCCUGAAGGAGGAAUGUUAAGCAGCACAACUAUUCCAAGUGUGCAAGCAUCCUUCCCGGAUGGAGCAUUGACCAAAAGAAUCCGAGUGGGGCUGCAGGCACAGCCAGUCCCAGAUGAACUUGUCAAAAAGAUUCUCGGGAACAGAGCUACGUUUAGUCCUAUUGUAACUGUGGAGCCGAGAAGAAGGAAGUUCCACAAGCCUAUUACCAUGACUAUUCCAGUACCAUCUGCAUCAGGAGAUGCAUCAAAUGGAAACAGGGAUGCUCCAAGCCUCCGACUGCUAUGCAGUAUAACAGGAGGUACAUCGCCUGCACAGUGGGAAGACAUAACUGGAACGACACCGUUAACCUUUGUCAGCGAAGGGGUUUCUUUCACAACAAAUGUCUCCGCCAGGUUUUGGCUUGUCGACUGUCAUCAGGUGCCAGAAACUGUUAGCUUAGCCACGCAGCUGUACAGGGAGUUGAUCUGUGUCCCCUACAUGGCUAAAUUUGUCGUAUUUGCCAAAAUGCAUGACCCAGUGGAGGCCCGCCUGCGUUGUUUCUGCAUGACGGACGAUAAAGUUGACAAGACGUUAGAGCAACAGGAAAACUUCACAGAAGUGGCACGGAGUAAAGACAUUGAGGUGCUAGAAGGUAAACCCAUCUUUGUGGAUUGCUAUGGAAACCUGGUUCCUCUAGCCAAAGCGGGCCAGCAGCUUGUAUUCAACUUCUACGCUUUUAAAGAAAAUAGAUUGCCCUUUGGUGUGAAGGUUCGAGACAACAGCCAGGAGCCCUGUGGUCGUCUGUCAUUCCUUAAGGAACCAAAAACUUCCAAAGGAUUGCCACAAGCAGCUAUCUGUAAUCUGAACAUUACACUGCCGGCUCACAAAAAAGAAGCCGAAUCAGAUCCAGACGAAGAGGUCGAGAGAGCUUCUGACCGCCGUCAAACUUUUGCAUCUAUGGCAUUACGUAAGCGCUACAGCUAUCUUGCUGAACCUGGAAUGAAAAUCAUUGAACGAAGUACAGGAACCACCAGGUCUUACCCUGCACCAUACUCGUACAAGCCAAUCUUUCAAACAAGGCCUUUUCAAUCAUGGGCAACAACACCCAUUUCGGUAGCUGGACAAGCCAAGUCUGGAAUUACCUCUCUUUCAAGUUCAACGUCCAAUACGCCUACAGCCUCCCCACUAAAAUCAAUUUGGUCUGUCUCUUCUGCUUCACCUAUCAGAUCAACCAUAGGAGCUUCCACAACUUCCUCAGUAAGAUCUAUGAGUGAUUUAGCAUCUCCACUUAGAUCAUUUAAGUCCACAUCUUCACCUAUAAAAACUGUAGUGACGCAGACUCCGUAUUCUGUUAAAUCUUCCUCUGCUUUGGUUUCUUCACCAGUGAAAGCAUCAGUAAUGCCUGAAUCACCUUCUGUAAAAGGACUAACUUCGUCAUUGCUUUCUUCACGGCUUUCUCCGGCAUCAACAGCAGGAUCGCUUCUGGAGAGAUCUUCUAUUACCAUGACGCCGCCAGCUUCCCCUAAAGCUACUGUUAACAUGUACUCAUCCACCUUGCCAUUCAAGUCCAUAAUUACAACAGCACCCACGGUCCUGUCCUCUCCUUUGAAAUCCAUGUCAUCUUCGGGGUCUUCUCCUGUUAAAUCUGUCAUCGAAGCAGCCCAAGGACUUCCCGCUGCCUCAUUUUCUCCUUCUAAGUUGGCUACUUCAUCGAAUGGCCAGAUAUCUGCUAAUGGAGUGGUGUCACCAGUCAAGUAUCCCUCAGCUGCAGCUUUUUUCAGCAGUCAGACAUCUGGUUCGUCUCCUGAGAAAGCAUCAGCUGCUAUGCUGGCAAACAAGUGCAUCACAACUGUACAAAAUGCAAUGGAGAAAGCCUACACCACCAGUAAUAGCGUCACAUUUGCCCCACUUAAAUCCUUUGCGUCAGCAGCCCCUCCUGCUUUUCAGACAAUAAGAUUACCUUCUGCUGGCUCCUUGUAUUCUUCAUUGAGGUCUUCGUCUGUGACCACCACAUCUGUGACAUCAUCAACUAUAACUGUACCUGUGUACUCUGUUGUAAAUGUGUUAUCAGAACCUCAACUGAAAAGACUCUCAGAGACUACACCAUUAACCAAGUCAGCUGCUGCCUUGUUGUCACCAGUAAAAUCCUUGACCACAGAGUCUCGCACACAAGUACAGUCUCAGUUUACCAAGACAUUGUCCCCACUGAAGAACUCCCUGAGCCUAGCUCCUUCAGCACUGAAACUUUCAUCUGCCCCCUCUCUGUCCUCAAGUCAAGAAAUUCUGAAAGAUGUGGCUGAGAUGAAGGAAGACUUAAUGAAGAUGACAGCCAUCCUGCAGACGGAUUCUGCUAGUGACAAGGCAUUCCCGUCGGAAAUGUCUGCAAAAGGAGUAAAGAGCGAAGACGAAAGUGAGGAACCUUUUAAGCUUGUGGAGAAAGUUAAAGAAGACUUGGUGAAAGUUAGUGAGAUCCUUCAGAAAGAUGGGCUGACGGAGAAUAAGACUGGUGUGAAAGGAGCUCAGACAAAUGGUGAGCUUUCAGGUGAGGGUGAAUGGGUCAUGUUCGACUAUGAUGAUAUUGAGGAGGCAAAGCAAAAGGCUAAUGAGCACUUCGGCACGUAUGUACCAAUAAAAGUAAAAAAUGGAGGAGAAAAGGACUUCAGUUUGGCAAGAGUUGUUGACUAUUUGACGAACGAUCUUGGAAUUGAUACGCUGGGAAAAAUGGGUGAUAAUAAAUAUCGCCAAACUGACAUCAAAAAAGAAGGUGAAGAUAAAAUGUUCUCUAAAAGGACUCAUAAGCCAACCAUGCCUUUGCCAGAACAUAAACUUAAGAUGCCUCCGCCUCCCAUGCGGCCGUCGGCGUCGGAGAAGGAACUCAGCAAGCUUGCAGAUGCGUUGAUGGCGACCGAAGCUAUUCUGGAGUCGCCUGAUGAUUUUUCUCAACAUGAUCAGGAUAAGAGUCCUCUGUCAGAUAGCGGGUUUGAGACCAGGAGCGAAAAGACGCCUUCUGCCCCUCAAAGUGCAGAGAGCACUGGGCCUAAGCCUCUCUUUCACGACGUUCCCAUACCUCCAGUCAUCACAGAGACACGUACAGAAGUAGUCCGCGUCAUUAGAAGCUAUGAACCUUCACUAGGUGAAAUGCAGGAGCCCAAAGCCGAGGGGUUGGCUCCAUUGCAAAAUGCAGAUAUGUUCUUGGAAGUGGAAGAGAAGCCAAUUGGGUCAAUAAAAGACAAGAUGAAAGCUUUUCAAAUUAAAAUGAAAUCAGAGGACGAAGAAAGUAAAUGCUUAAAGAGCAAAGAAGUGCGUGUGAAAGAAGAAACUCAAAUUACGACAACCACUAGGAUGGUUUAUCACACACCCCCCUGUACCGAAAGCAACACGAGUGAGAGAAUAGAAGAAACUAUGUCAGUUCGUGAUAUAAUGAAGGCUUUUCAGUCAGGCCGUGAUCCUUCCAAAGAGCUAGCUGGCCUGUUUGAGCAUAAAUCGACAGUUCCUUCAGAAAGCAACAAGGCUGCAGAAGCAAUGUCGAUUUACCUUGAUAAAGACUCUAACUUGAAACCAAAAGUUGAAAGAACUUUUGAAUUUCAUAUUGAAAAGGGAAAUAAAAUAGAGCCUACAGAAGUCAUUAUAAGGGAGACGAAAAAACACCCUGAAAGAGAAUUAUUCGUUUAUCAGAAAGAUUUUUUGGGGGACAGUGAAGUAAGAGAAGCCAAAGUUCUCCCUGAGAGGUUUGACGCUGGUCAGGAUGAGCAGGCACAGCGGGAAGAGGAGGAGCUCACAGCCGAGGAAUCCCUUCCCUCUUACAUGGAAUCCUCAAGAGUGAACACUCCUGUCUCCCAGGAAGAUGAGAGCCGUCCCAGCUCGGCGCAGCUCAUCUCCGAUGACUCGUACAAGACGCUGAAGCUUCUCACUCAGCAGUCAGUCGAGUACCACGACGAUGAAUAUUCCGAGCUGAGGGGGGAGUCCUACAGGUUUGCAGAGAAGAUGCUUCUUUCUGAAAAAAUGGACAUUCCUCAUUCUGAUACUGAAGAUUCUGCCACAGAGCAGACCUCGGCCUUUUGCCUGGGCUCACAGGCCAUUGGUCAUUACAAGAGACUGAGUGAUCCCUCACAGGAGAGGGAACUUGCUAAGCUGCACAAAAUGAUACCUGAUAACAUUGACAGAUCCACUGGUCAGGGGAGUCGCUACGAAAAGGUUGCAGUACUACACUAUCCGCCGGAGUCUGGCAGUCCAAAGCACGCUCUGUGGAUGCGUUUUAGUGAAGACAGACUGGAAGGUGGCAGAGAGAAGCUCAUUUAUGAAGACAGGGUUGACAGAACGGUGAAGGAGGCAGAAGAGAAGCUGACUGAAGUAUCUCAGUUUUUUCGAGACAAAACAGAGAAGCUAAACGAUGAACUGCAGUCGCCAGAAAAAAAGCCGCACAAGAGGGAAGGAGCGCAAAGCCAUUCGGGGUUCAGUUCUGCUAGCAGCAGUCCAGAGAAGUUGCGGCUGUCUGACAUAGCGCCCAGUGACGAAUGGAGCCAAGAGAGGCUGAACGAGCAGUGUCUCCGUAAAUAUUCGGUCCGUGCCGAGGAGAAGAGAGUGGCCAAUGCACUGAUGGAUUCUGCUCAAAGGACUUGCCUGCCCCUUUCAGAUGACAUGAAACAUAAAAUGAAGCAGUGUGAAGAUCUCUCACAAACAUCAUUUCAUUUAAAACAAACUGUAAAUAAUAUUCCAUAUUCAGAGUCCGAGCCAGCUGUAAUGCAGAAAGGCAGCAAAUCCUCUCGAAGCGCCCCCUUGCAAGACGGUGUUCAAGACGAUCAGCCUGACAGCAAGCUGAGAAAAAUGAUUGCUCCUUGCUCUAGCGCUCAAGUUGUUGAGGAGGUGAAAACAAACUUUUCAGAAAGGAACUUGCGAGAAGAUCCACUAAGUGUGUCUGUUAAAAGACUGCACGAAAGCAAGCUGCCAAUCUACCAAUUCUCUUUAAAGGAAAUUAAUCAGAAGAAAUUGGAGCACGCAGCGGAAGGGGCCAUUUCAACAGUGAAGGAAGUGCACUCCAGCAAGUUCAAGGACUUGAGCAAUCUCGGAGGUUUUAACAUGGGAACCGAUACUGUGUCGCCAGUGCUUCAGAAGGUGGUGGAGAUUACAUCGCAUGUGGCCACGACUCCAAAGCAGUUGGUGUUUGGCACAAAAGGCACAGUUCAGACUUCUGAAAUGGCAGCAUCAUUGAGAAAAGAUCCUGAACCGCAAGUAAAAUUGGAUAAAGAGAAAAAGGUGUACAGAACCUGGGAAAACUGUGGAAACUCCAAUCGCAAAUCACUUACGCAUGUUCUUGUGCACGACAACCUGAUGGAACAUGACGUGGCUCAGGCUGAGCUUAGAUCUGACGGGCUGAUGAGAGAAAAGAUCAGCCCUGUUAUGGACAAGGAGCACCUGUCAAAUAACAGGCAUUUGAUAAAGGAGAAGGGAUCUCUGUCCCAGAAAAUGGGUUGCACAGAGCGAGUUAUCAGAGACAGUGAGAGUUCUGGAGCUAAGCCCACGAAAAAAGAGGAUUCAGGUCCAUCACAGAUCCCAGUCAGAGUUCCUGAAGAAAAACCAAAACUGAUGUCAAAGAUCCAGCCAUGUAACGGUGGCCAGGGGAAAUUCCACGAGGUUGAUGUAGCCGUCAACGUGACACGUGGUAGAGCCAGAAAGGGUCAACAGUUCAGUGAAGCACCCACAGCCAAUAUCCAGACCAAUGAAUCCAAGGAUAGUCAGCCCAAAGUUAGGGAAAGCACAGACAGUUGUCGGGAAGAACUGGAAACCUCCCCUGUCAAAUCUCCUGACUCUCUGGAGUUUAGUCCUGUUAAAGAUUCUUCACUGAGCGAGUUCUUUGAUCAGAGUCCAAUUGAGUGUUUGGAUAAAGCAGCACCUUUGGCAAGCAUUGAAGGUUUUAAAGAAAUAAAGGCUUUGCCUGUCUACGUCAGUGUGGUCCAGAUGGGGAAACACUAUGAGAAAGAAGCAACAGGCCCUCAACAAGGAAAUCUUAAGCGAAUAGUCAGUCAAGAGAGUAGGACAGUGCAAGAGACGAGGGGCACAUUUUAUACCGUUCGCCAGCAUAAGCCGUCCCCCUCUCCUCAGGGUAGUCCAGAAGAUGACACUUUGGAACAAGUAUCACUUAUAGAGAGUUCUGGUAAAAGUCCUCUUACGCCAGAAACACCCAGUUCCGAAGAAGUCAGCUAUGAACUUUCUUCCCAGGUGCCAUCCAUGCAUGGAAAACCUAGUCCAAUUCCUGAAGUACCCGGAGAAUCAGAGGAAGAAGAUCUGGCCAGAGUAGCCUCCGUUAAAGAUGUGAGUGGAUUUACAAGAUCCCCGAAGCAGAGCGAUUUAGACGGAAGUGACAAACGCCCAAAGGAAAAUCGAAUAGCCUACAUCGAAUUCCCUCCGCCCCCUCCUAUCAACACUUUGGAUACAGAGGUGCCCAGCAUCAGGAAGAAAGACCACUGUGCACCCACGGAAGAUGAGCUGGAUGUAAUUGAGCUGAACUUGCAGGAAGAGCAUGAUAAACACUUCAUGGCUGAGCCUGUCAUCAGAGUACAACCACCCUCCCCUAUCCCGCCUGGAGCCAAUGACAGUGAUUCAAGCAGCGACGAAUCCAUCUUUCAGCCAGCCCCUCUGAAAAAGUACACCUUCAAACUUCAGGAUGACACCCCUCCCGGCUCCUCAAAGCCGAAACCAAAAGAGAAGCAUAGCAAAGACGACGAUCCCCAAGAUGGCGAUGAAAAGUUUGAUUUGGAUGUUACUUCUGAGGCGGAUGCAGUCCCGAAUGGCAACAACGAUCAGUCGAUCACUGAGUGCUCCAUAGCAACGACUGCAGAAUUCUCCCAUGACACCGACGCUACAGAAGUUGACUCUCUCGAUGGAUAUGACCUGCAGGAUGAAGAUGAUGGCCUAACUGAAACGGACUCUAAAUCCUUGAAUCAGGGAAUAGAAAGCAAACUGGAUGUUUGGGUCACUGAAGGGAUAUUGAAGCAGGGGGAUCGUUCCUAUAGCCAGGGUAAACUUGCAGUAAUUGAGGAAGAAGGAAAGGUAGGCGCUGAAGAAGAAACACCCUUCCAGUCUAAAGCUCAGGCUUCUGAAAAGAAAGGCGAAGGGAAAACUGAUGGUAAACAAGGACCCGAGAUCUUCACUUUGGAAGGCAGGCAUCCUGACAGAACCGGGUUUAAUGAUACAUAUUUUAGUUACAAUCUAGAUGAAGAAUUUGCAACCCCGUUUAAAACUGUUGCUACCAAAGGCCUUGACUUUGAUCCAUGGUCUAACGGCCGAGGAAACGAUGAAGUCUUUGAAGCUAGGUUGAGAGAGGAUGAGCAAAAAGCCUUUGGCUUAGCAGUAGAGGACAGGUCCCAAGCAACAACACCAGAUACAACCCCAGCCAGAACCCCAACAGAUGAGAGCACUCCAACUAGUGAGCCUAAUCCCUUCCCAUUUCAUGAAGGGAAGAUGUUUGAGAUGACUCGCAGUGGUGCAAUUGACAUGAGCAAGAGGGAUUUUGUUGAAGAAAGGCUCCAAUUUUUCCAAAUUGGCCCUCAGAGUCCAUGUGAAAGGACAGAUAUAAGGACAGCCAUAGUAGCAGAUCAUCUGGGACUGAGCUGGACAGAACUGGCAAGAGAAUUGAACUUUUCUGUUGAUGAUAUAAAUCAGAUUCGGGUUGAAAAUCCAAACUCUUUAACCACUCAGAGCUUUAUACUGUUGAAGAAAUGGAUUGUUCGAGAUGGAAAAAAUGCUACAACUGAUGCCUUAAGUGGAGUCCUCAAAAAGAUCAAUCGAAUGGACAUUGUGACCUUACUAGAAGGCCCAAUAUUUGACUAUGGUAAUGUUUCUGGCACAAGAAGUUUUGCUGACGACAGCAGUGUAUUUCUGGAUCAGUCUGAUGGCUACUCUUCCAUCCAUGCGGAGCUGCUGACACCGGCUGCGUUAAGCUACUUGCCACCCACCCCUCUUCACUGUGAUGAUUAUUUUAGUAAUUACCCCAGUGUACAAUCAGCUUCCCCAACUCCCCACGAAGUUAGUCUGGCAACAAAAGAAUUAUCACCUAUCAGCGAUGCUGAGGAAAUUUCAGCAGAAGUUACUCAUGCUGAUUUGCCUGGGCCCUCUCUGGUGACAGAUGAGGUGGUCGCUUCCUCGCCUGGGAAAGUGGAUGAGCCAGAAGGUACCAAAUGUGACUCUGACUUCCAGCCCAAGAGUGGUACCAUUUGUGUUGCUCAUCUGUCCACUAAUAUAGAGCAGGUGGGUCAUGUCCAGUCAGAGAAGGAUGAAUACAUGGCCGAACAAAAGGUGUCUCCCAAUCAGGCGCAGCAAGAAAGAAGAUCUGAUGCACACAGUACUGAGGAUCUUGAAGGGUUCAUAAGAGACAUGGAGAUGGUGCAGCCAAGGCGAAGUUCCAGAGGUUCAGAGGAUGAGGAGGUGACAAAGGAAAAAGUCCACACGCUUCACCCUGCUCAGAUUUCCCAGAAAGAAUUUUUUACAGUUCCAGGUUGGCACAGUGAUGCAUCCAGUGUAGACGUGGAACCACCAACUCCGAAGAGCUGUCACCUGAGUACUGAUGAUCUGGAUGAAGGCAGUGCCAAACUUCAGGAACAAAGCAUCAAAAAUGAACUUGCUGGAUCGGUCAAGUUUCAUUUGAAAGGACCUGUUUUAAAACCGGAAGAGAAUGGGGAGCUUGACUUGCACAGGCUGGAACGUCAAAAGGAGUCAAGUCCUUUGAUUCAGGAGGAUAUGCCCAUAACAUCACAUGACCGAAAAACGGUGAAUGGGAAGGUGCAGAAACGCUCGGCGCUAAUCACAGAACAAGUGGAGUCAGUGAAGGAGAUGCAGGCAGACACCAGGCGGAUGGGGGCAGAGGAGCAUGGAGCCGGUGGGUUUGGUGCGGAGAAGAAACCGAGUUGGGGCACACCAGAGGGGAUUAAAUCAGGAACAAACAUCAGGGUUGAAGGACCUCUACCAGCAGAACACAAAGCUCAGGAAGAGGAUGCUAAAACAGUCCCUGAAGAGAUGGUUACGGAAGAGCAGUUCUUCGAUGAAGAUGGAAAUGUUGUCACCAAAAAAGUAACCCACACUGUGGUGAAGUGCCUUCUUUUGCCUCCGAGCAGGGACUGUGAUACUAAUGAACUGGAAAGGGAAGGGCAAGGCGAUGAGGAGGGUGCCGAGUAUUUUGGAAGUGAUUUCAUGGGAGAGGAGGUUGAAGGGUAUAAAGUUGUCAGGGUGAAAAAGGAGACAAUUCGACAGGCAGACAAGAAGACUCAUUAAUAUUGUGUAGGAGACAAAAUGGAGCUACAGGAACACGUUUUGCUACUGCCAGGAUCCAGGAGGAAAAGGCUGGAAGAGAGGGGGAGCCGACUGCAGAUGAAGUGUGUGCCUGCUGCUUUCACACAUUAAAAGCAUGGUUUAGAUACAACAGGAUAU